CCCGAUCAGCCUCCUGAGAAUAUUACCAGAUUCCGAUGGCGAGACUGAGGAGGAUGGGGGUCGAACCGUACAUGGCAAUCUUUGGUCAUGGACCAUUUGAGGACCAGUGACAGCGUCAAGCACGACGCACCGUUGGCUCGAGCAUCCUCGUCCUCUGUUUUCGUCGUUCUCCAACGGAGACGCUGGCGUCGCUUUGGCUGCAGUUCCAUUAUCCACCGUGGGACCACUGCUCAAGUUUCCAGUCGUGACGAUGUCGCCCCUACUGAGAUACUGUUGGGUCCAUGGCAACCAGCGGCCGCCCUCAUCCUUCUUCAAAUGGCUGUAGUCGUGCCAGAGUUCAUGGAAAACGGCCCUGGCCUUGUUGUCCAGCUCGACCACUUCGUGGUACUCGUUGUCUGGGUAUCAGCGGUACAGCGCGAAGCCUUGCACGACCUUAAGGGGCAGGAUGCUCUUCCACCACAGCCUGAGCGCUCGCACCGCCUUCCUGGUCUUCUCAAACAACUGCUCAUGGACGACCUUGUCGACCAGAAAUCUCUCGCGGCUCGCCCGCUUCUCGUUCAUCACGCCGACGACGACGUGUGCGAGCUGAUAGACGCGGACCUGGAGGGCGUAGCUCGUCUGGCUCUCCAACUCAUACAGAGGUCCUUCGUGUGGCGCAUCCUCUCCCCGAGGCCAACAACAAGACGGAAACCCACAGCUAAACGGGGAGGCAAUAUUCCGGCCCUCGCUAUCUGUAGUGUUCCUUUCCGUGUCCCGGCCGCGCCGGUCAUUUGGCGCCAGGUCCUGGCGGGCGCACGCCGCUGGGGAAAACGUGGGAAAGCCAGAUCCCCCUAUCUGCCACUGGGGCCAGCGAGCCCGCUGCCGGCGGCUCUAACGCAGCGGCGUGGCGAUAGUCUCUGGCGACGAUCGGAGGUCGCUGCGGAGCGGAGGCGCAGCUGAGACUGAAGGGAUCGGUGGAUUUGAAGCAUGGCGGGCGCUGUCUUGUCCUUCUAUGCCGUCUACAACACGAUGAGCUGCUGAUAUUCCUGUGAGUUCGGCCACGGAUGGUGAAUUCGCAAUGUCAGUGGAUAAUGGAAGUUGUUGCUGAGCAGAGUG